UAUAUACUCGUAUAUAAAUAGGGAAUCUACAUCUACAUAGGUACCUAGUGCAUAAUUGAUAAACUUUGUCUACAUAAAUAUAUAAAAAAUUGUUUUAGUGUGUAGCCCCAUAGACCCAUAGAUGAGAUGGCUCCAAAGAACAACAAACGUCGUCUGAAAACCAAAUCGGUAAAUCGGCAAAAUACGGUGUCCCAGUGUAACGUCAUACGUACGCAGAUUAUAGAUGAAGAUAAGAUGAAAAUGAAUACACAAGAAGGUCCUUUUCCAAGGGAAAAAUUGGUAAACCAGCAAAGUGACGUUUCACAAUCUGGUAUCACGAAUAAUCAAAUUAUUGAUAGAGAAAACAAUAAACUUAAGACCUCUAACGAACUAGAUUACCAACAUGAUCUUAUUUCUAAAAGGGUGGAAGAACCACACCAAGGAAAGGAUGAAGCGGGGAUGAAAGAUCUUGAACAAGUUGAAAAAACUGAACCUAUGAAGACGGAUAAGGACUCUGUAUUGAUCAUGCAAAAAAUAUUAAAUAUUUGCAACGACUCCAACCAGCUAAAAAGGGAACUAUUAAGUACAUUUUCACAAUAUCUUGAGGAUAUUGGAGAUGAUAAAUGUGAGCUCUCGUUUGUAUCAAAAAUAUUAUCUGAACAUCUGUUACCAAAGGAGCUUCUUAAACUCAUCAAUAGAAAAUACAAAAUAACGGAAAAGCGGCAAUGUGGUGCAGGAGGUUUUGGAGUUAUAUAUCUAGGAAAACUUCGAGAAAGUGGUGGACCUAGAAUGGAUGUUAUCGUAAAAGGUGCUUUACCAAAAAAGGAGAAAUACCUAAAAUCCGAGGCGAUAAUUUUAAGCCCGAUGGAUCACAAAAAUAUCGUCAAAAUGAUCUCUUUUAUUACAGAACCAAUGGAAAUCGUGAUGGAGUAUAUGGAAUAUGGAAGCCUAGAUCGAUGUUUAGAACAAAGAGAGGUAUCCGAAGAAGUACUUUACGUAAUGAUAAUAGACAUUAUAACCGGUAUGGAAUAUUUGGAAAAAAAUAAAAUUGUCCACAGAGAUCUGGUACUAAGAAAUAUUUUUGUGAGUUCAAAGUUUCAGUGUAAAAUUGGAGAUUUUGGUUUGGCUGUCAAAAUUACUAGGCAUGAUGGAAUCUACAAAGAAGAGGUCGCACCGAUAUCAGGAUACCAUAUACCACCAAAUGUUUUAAUAAGUCAAGAAUAUUCUAAAAGAUCUGAUAUUUGGGCUUUCGGUUUAAUAUUAUGGCAAAUGCACUAUAUGCAAGAUGGUGGUCUUUUGUUUGUAUUAUAUGGUCCUAUAUUAGAUAGAUUUAGAAUCUUGGGAGAGUUACCAGGUAUACCAUCUCUUUCGUCAGAAGUGACAAGCUGCAUAAAUAAACUGUUCAACAUCUACUUAUCAAAAAGACCAUCCUGUUCAAAAAUCAAGAAACACAUUCAAAAUAUUUAUUGAAGAUAUGUAAGAUUUUUUAGCUCAAUUAAAAUUUUAAAUACAAAAUAUUUUAAAAUUA